CUCAGGAGGAAUGUCAUCGAAGAGUUGGCAACACUGAUAACCUCACUGCUUUGUUUACGUGAGAAAAAAACUUGUGAAAUGCCCUCGGUAAAAAGUUCUUGGCCGGUACGAUUCUCUGGACAGUGUCUUCGCAGGUUUUGUACAGAAAUUGCAUUGCCACAGCCUAAAAAUGAAGAUUCACCGCUUAGAAUCCCAGAAAACCACGAAGACAUUGAAAGAGCCCCAAACUUCCCGCCUACAUUCAACUUUGCAAGCUACAUCAACAAAUCUCCAACCCUCCAGCAGCUCCUGAACCUCGGAGUAGAUCUGUAUAGUAUUGAGAGACGCAAGGGAUUGCCACAGUUUGUGCUGAAGCUGGAUUUUGAGCGGGAUAUGAAGCAUAUUAUUCAAUUUCUUCAUGAUCAGGGAAUUCCUCCUGACCAUCUCGGGAGGUUUAUCACGAAAAAUCCUCUGAUCUUCAAGGAGCACAGUGAUGACCUGGCUGUUAGGAUUAAUUAUCUGGAGUCGAAGAUGUUUACAAAGGAGCAAAUUGCAAGAAUAGUGGAUAAAAAUCCCUUCUGGCUGAUGUUUUCCACCCAGAGGAUUGAUAAAAGAUUGGGAUUCUUUCAGAAGAGCUUCAGUCUGUCGGGGCAGGAAGUUAGGGAAUUGACAUGUACAGCUCCAAGAUUGAUAACAUAUUCAAUGGAACACGUCAGGAGGAGCACAUUCUCAAUCCGGGAGGAAAUGGGCUUUGAAGCUGCUGAAGUGAAAGAAAUCCUGCUGAAGGUGCCCAAGAUCUGGAUGAUGAAUCACGACAGUUUGAUGGAACGCUUCGAGUAUGUUCACAGAAGCAUGGCAAUAUCCCAUGAUCAACUCAGGCAAGAUCCCCAUAUCCUUCUUUCGCGGCUUUAUCGCAUACGGCAAAGGCAUGAAUUCCUAAAAUUCUUGGGAAAAGCUCAGUAUGAUCCCAAGAAGGAUCUCUACGUGUCCCUGAAGAAUCUGGUGGUUGGAACUGACGAGGAAUUUGUUCUAAAUAUCGCCAGAUCAUCAAUACCAACGUACCACUCUUUCCUCAAGACACUCUAGGUCUAGGAAUUCUUCGGAGCUUCCUAAUCCCAUUCAACAACCAAGUAAGUUAAGCCCUUUAUAGACUUUUUGACAUAAACCUCCUUUCUCCUUAUUAAAAGAAAAAUAAAGUUUACUGAAUAGAUUUUUUUAUUGACAAA